CAAAGAUCUCUUUGACCCCCCUCCUACUCCGCGUCUUAUCUCUUUGCCGUAACUCGAAAAAACAACAACAACAACAACAACAGCAGCGACAUACUCAAACGCCAUGCAGCCCUCACUAGUCUCUGGCAUGCGCCGAUUUAUCAACACCAAGCUCCAGCCCACCAGGGUCAAAUAUGUGGCGCCUCAGGAUAAAAUUAAGAUGUGGAGGAUCGUUCGAGGAGACGAGGUUUAUAUCACAAGCGGAAAGGAAAAGGGAAAGACAGGAACUGUCAAGAAGGUCCUUAGGAGCUUGAACUCGCUCUUGAUCGAGGAUAGGAACAUGGUCACGAAACACAUUCGCCCUCAGGCUAUGGAUCCCACAAAGGCGACCAGAGUCCAGAUCGAGGCACCUAUUCACGUCUCCAACGUUUCAUUGAUCGACCCUCAGACAAGACAACCUGUCAGGACUCACUACCGCGAAGUUGUUGAUUCCAAGUCCGGGAAGCCGGAGCGCAAGCGUUUCGUGGUUGGUACGGAGGUCGAGAUCCCUAAACCCAAGGCCGACAUUGCAAAGUACAAGCUGGAGCGCUUUGACAGCGCCAAGGAUACAUCACCUCAGCUCGCAAGGGAGGUCACCUUCAUUCCCGACAUCAACGUUCCACCAUUCCCCAGCAGCAGCAUUCUGGACGAGCUCAGGAACCCUUACUCCAAGUUCCAUUAAACAAGCGGCUUUUCUUUGAGAGAAAGGUUACAGGGGGACGUUUCUUACGAUUGUUUGGAACAGGACGAGGGAAUCGCGGAAUCGUUGAAGGGUUUGGCGUAUAGAGUUGAGAGUUCAAGAAAUAGGCGACAUAUUUGCAUGCACAUGUAAAAUACAUAUUGUUCAAUCAUGCCAACUGUCCGAUAGUGUCUUCCAUAAAUAAUACAAAGACAAUGAAACGAGGG